ACACAGGCAGAAAUGUCUUGUCAUUCUUAAUGAAACACAGUAACCUUGAACCUACAUACCUGCAUAUAUUAUUUAUUUAGUUGUCUUCUUAAAACUUACGACAUCAUGUCUCUCCCGGUUGCAUAAAUAAAAACCUUUAAAAAUUGGCUCUGGUCAAAAACUUGUGAGGAAAGUGAUUGAUAAUUUUAUCAAGUCUUUUAUUGUACAUAAAUAGGUGCAUAAAAAGAGCUGCAUGUUAGUAGGAUACAGACAUACAUAUGUAUGCAUGCAUUCUCAGUUUCAGCAGAAUUUAUUGUCUAUUCCAGACCUGUCAAGUAACUUUAAUUGGUCCUAUUAUUUACAAAAAUAUUGUUUUUGUCAAGUUGGUUACCCAAUUCUGAAACUUUCCACUUGUUUGUCUGAAUGGUUGAUCAGGUCAAUCAAGAAUUGCUUUGCAGGAGAUUGAUGCACUUGUGAGAUUGAUACACAAAUAGUUGCAUUUGGACCGUCACAUUCUUCAGUUGUACGUCAGCAUUAAGGAAGAAAUCAUGUUAACUUCUUUAGUCUUUGUGCUUCUGUUUGCGUUCACAAUUUGCACAACUGCCAAACCUCAACAAAACCGUGGUCAUAAUGGAUCUUUUCCAAACCCAUCCCCAGCUCAUGUCCUAUCUCUGGCCAGACCGGUAAAUCAUGGCUCAUCGUCAUUAGAGGAUAUUUCAACCAAUUUUUCCCCAGAGUUUUUUCUGCCAAAAAACCUCACUCGGUCUCAAAGCCAACAACAACAGUUUCCUGUUCCGGUACAAACUACCGACUCGCCCAACGCUACUUGCCCCCGAGUUGAAUCUGAACAAUACAAACCUGAUUUCGACUCCUUGGAAAUCUUUCCUCGAUUAGGCUUUCAUGAUUCGUGGACCAGGCAAAAAUGGUUUUGGAAUGCAGAAGACUUUAACUUUGAAAAAAGAUUCAAGUCGGAAUUUCAACGCCAAGACGGUUCACCACCGCCCCACCUCAAAGUAUUCGUGGUGCCUCAUUCGCACGAUGAUCCAGGGUGGUUGAAGCCGAUGGAAUCUUAUUUUAAUACUAAUACGAGACACACCUUGGAUCUUAUAGUGGAGAAGUUGACCCUCUACCCAAACAUGACCUUCGUAUGGAAUGAGAUUACCUUCCUCUCCAUGUGGUGGGACAGAGCUCGAACCAACCAGAAAAUUAAGUUUCUGAAUUUGAUAAAAGAAGGACGUCUAGAGAUACUGACGGGAGCCUUCGUCAUGCCUGAUGAAGCAACUACAUCCUUGUACACAUUGGUCGAUGAAAUUAUCACGGGUCGUCAAUGGGUCAGCAACUUUUUAGGAGUGACUCCCAACAUAUCUUGGGCCAUAGAUCCCUUUGGCCAUGGACCUACGAUGCCUUACCUGAUGAAGCUCGCUGGAGUGGACAAACUUGUGGUGCAGAGAACGCACUUUGGAUGGAAAAAAUAUUUGGGAGCAAAGCGAUAUGGCAAUUUUAAUUGGGUCCCACGAUGGGAUACGAAUGCCGACUAUAAGAUGUUGACCCACCACGCCCCCUACGAUAUCUAUACGACAAAACACACCUGCGGUCCAAAUCCAUUGGUGUGUUUAAGACUAGACUUUCGUAGCGUUAUUGGUGAAUAUUCCGAGUAUUCCAGACAUGCUCGUCCGGUCCGUGAUAUUGAUUUGGAUGAGUUGGCUGCGGACAUGGUGGGUCAGUUUCAAAGAACGGCGUCGUUGUUUUCGCCUUCUCGAGUCGUCAUGUUCGAACUGGGUGAGGAUUUCCGUUUUGGCAUAUCUGAGGAGUGGGACCAGCAGUAUGAAAAUCAUGUCCCACUUAUGAAUCACAUUAACGCAAACCGUGACCGUUUUGGGGUUGACAUUCGUUUUGGAACAGUUUCCGACUAUUUUAAUGCGGUUGAACUGGAAAAUCACAAAUUAGCAACAUUUUCGGGAGAUUUCUUUCCGUACAGCGACGUUUACCUGUUUGGAAGACCCGCAUACUGGACUGGUUAUUUUGGAACGAGGCCAUACUGGAAGAAAUUUUAUCAGGAAACUCUAUCUCUUAUGAGAGAUGCAGAGAUUCUGUACACGUAUGCCGGUAAUUUGGCUGCUCGAGAUCCCGAUCAUGUCAUGUCGGUGGUUUUACGACGAGAGUACAGAAAUUUCGUCGAAGCAAGAAAAAUGACAGCCCUGUUUGCUACUCAUGAUGGUGUCACUGGCACAUCACGGAGAGUCACCAUGGAGGAUUUUGGUCAGAAACUGAUGGAAGCACGCAAGACCGCACUUCAAAUCCAGCGUCAGUCUAUCAGAACAAUUUUUUAUAAUGGUCUCAACGCUACCAUUUCUAGCCUCGGUCUGGACACUCAAACCCUCUCUUUUGGCGAACUUCCGACGCGGGUGCCACGAGUCAUUUACGAGAGCGACACAAUCACCAAGAAAAUCUUGGUAUUCAACAGCCUUUCGUUCAACAGGACUGAAUUAAUUCGGGUACUUGUGACAAGCCCAACGGUGAAAGUUGUUGGAACUCGAAACGAAAAUAUUCACAGUCAGAUAAAUCCAUACGCAGAUCUUGACCAAGAAGAGAUUGUUUUCGGCAAAGUGUUCGAGCUCAGUUUUCUCGCAGAAUUGGAACCAAUGACACUUCACUCUUUCGAAAUACGAAGAACGACUUAUGAUGAUCCUUUGGCAGCAAAAACUGCAAAAGUUUCUUGUCGAGGGUGCAAAACUUUAGAUACACAAUACGAAGGGACUUUCUCGCAUUUUGAAGUCGAAAAUAUUACGUCACCCACAAUUAUUCUCGGUAACAAGGAACAAGAACUUUACUUCAACGGGACAACAGGAUUUUUGCGACGUGUGAUCAAACUUCAAGAAGAAAUAUCCAUCCCUGUCAAAGUUCAGUUUGGAGCUUACCGUUCUGUCUACAGGGACAGUGGAGCAUAUCUUUUAAAACCUGAUGUCGAAUCACAUAUUCAAAUUCCUUUUGACGAUCAAGUCCCAGCAAAGUUGCUGAUUGUUGAAGGUCCUGUGACAUCAUAUCUUGCCUCAUACGACUCCCCACUUGUUGUGACUACUCGCCUUCUUGGGUCUCGAGGUCAAGGGAUUCAAGUUGAAAAUCAGAUUGACUUGGGAAAUGUACCUGCCGAAGUAUACAUGAGAAUCGAUACAUGGCUCAACUCCACCACGUUAUCAGUCCACAAACAAAACCAGCCCACCAUUUUUACUGAUCAAAAUGGAUACACGAUGGAAAAGAGGGUAAAGGUGCCUUGGAUAGGGUAUGAGGGAAACGUUUACCCUGUCACUUCAAUGGUUUACAUGCAAGAUACUGAAAAUCUAGUCAGAUUUUCUGUAAUGGUCGACAGAGCUCAUGGUUUCAACUCAAUGAAUCCCGGCCGGCUAGAAGCACUCAUUGAACGUAGGACUAUAUACGAUGAUGGAAAAGGCAUGGCCGAAGGGGUGACUGACAAUCGGAAGACAAUAUCAAAUUACAUAUUUCAUAUUGAAAGAUUGGGUCCAAGCUCAGAUAGCUCACCAGAACCAAGAACGGAUCCCAAGGAUAAUUCCGAUUACAGGAAUAAUCUCCCAACCCUUCAAGCCCAAAAGCUUUCUCUUGGUCUCAAUCAUGUUCCAACCACUUUUGGCUAUGACGACACUCUUGGCGGAUUUCUGGGACGUUACUCCCUCCUCACCAAACCUCUCCCGGAAGAUUCGCACGUUCUCACUUUGCGAACCUUGAGCAACUUUAGUAUCUUACCGGAUGAAACGGAAAUGCCGUCAGAGAAAGCGUUGUUGGUCACUCAAAAGCUUGGAUACUUACCUUUUGACGCAAACACGACCUCCUGCACCAGAAAUAAUUACAGUGUUUUUUCAAAUGCUAGAGACUUAUUUGAACAAGGAACUAAAUUCGUCAAUUUAGACAUUGAUUCUGCUGAUAUUACUGAUUUGGCAGGCGUGGUAGGCGUCCAAUACUCUGGGAAACGUAGUUUUCUGCCAAUUGUUGAACGGAAACCGUUUGAGAUUGCAACUUUACUAGUGACGUUCAGACAAAAAAAGGCAACCAAUAGUAAUAAGCGAGGAUCAAGCCAUGCAUAUCAUCAUCAAUAUGGACGUGAGAUUCCCCAAACGUUGUCAUUAAUACAAGAAACUACUACAUUAGAAAGUGUCAGUUAUGAGAAAGCCAGGUAGACUGGCUAUCAGUUCCCAGGAGCGAUCAUUUAUUUAUUUUAAUUUUGAUUGUUAAUUUAUUCAUUAACUGAUUUCGACAAGAUUAAUAACUCAUGUUAAACACUUAUAA